AUGUCACGGUGCUCCUUUUCAUCACUCCCUGCAGAGACAGUGUCCGGCAUUCUCACAGCCGUUCUGGAAGACAUUGUCCAAGAUGAUAUGGUGACAACUCCUGAAGCGGAGCAUCAGCUGCUAGCAGGAGGCCUGCCGUUCCCUCACACCAUGGCAUUGGUCUGCAAACGUUGGCGAGAUAUCGUGUCUUCUACCCCUGAGCUGUGGACUCGGAUCUUUUGGAUGAUAAACGUACCCGAGGAGGAGGGCCGCCAUUGCAUAAACUCACAGCUGGAAAAAUCGGGCAGCUAUCCUGUCCAUUUGACCAUAAUCAACUCGUGGUGUCACAGACGUGGAAUCCGUGUUAUUUUACAACACAUUGCACCGCAUCUUCAACGACUCAAGAGCCUUAGGCUAGCUAACUUCUACGAGGCACACCACCAGCCACACUUGGACACGCUAACAGGAUAUGCGCCCCAGCUCGAGAGUUUACAAUUGACAGAUGGGAAACAUAUUCAUCAUUGCACCGACUUGAAAUCACGUUUGAAACUUGACUGUCCCGCUCUCAGGAUCUUUCGUGUCGACAAAAUUGUAGCUUGCAAUCUAGACCACCAGUGGUUGAAGAAUAACUUGAUCCAUGUUGAGUUCAUAACCAUUUCAUGCGGAUCUGGUAGCAAUGACCGAAUCUAUGGCGCACGAGCAGUGAUGCUUUUUCGAGCGUUGGAGGCAGUUCCACGCCGAAUACCUUGCCUCACCCUCGACAACCUGCGAUUAUCAGAUUCAGGUCUGGGCUCCAUGAUCACAGCUGGCGUCAAAAUAGGGGCAGAGCAAGUGAUCCUGUGCAUAAGCAUAGACGCUUUGCCUGCCAUCGAUGACGAUUGCCAGACCAUCGUUAUCAAGCAAUGCGAUUCUAUUCAUGAUCUUCAGAGUAUCUCGUUACCUUCCUCGUCAAAAUCACUGGAGUUGGACAGGUGCGGUAGCAAAGAACCGCGGCGGGUACCCGAUGCCCGUAUGUGGGACGGUGAUACAGUCACCAUCACGAACAGCCACUCCUCCUGCAUAGAGAUCGUCUUACACCUCCUCGGCGCACCAUUCAAUGAUCAUGUUUGUUCCCUGUGGCGCCAUGUCACUACUCUCAAGCUCGUAGCCAACGAUUUCGUGCCGUUGACUUUACUGAAGGCGAUGAUCACCAGCCGGCAGGGGGCUGCGGGGCAGAAUAAUUUGCCAGGGAAGAACGACGGGGAUAAUGUGGAAUUAGAAGGUGUGCGUCCGCUCAUGGUGUUCCAUGUGCAUGGGGGACAACAUAUAACAAGCGAGGAGAGAGCGUGGUUCAAGAAACGGGUGAAGGACUUCGUAUGGAGGUGAGGGUGGUUUGUAUGCAUGGGCCGUUCCAGGAAAACGUAUGUAGUAAGAUUAUCAAUAUUUAGGCUGACGACCACUAGC